AUGGCCCUCACAAACAUGACAUUCUCUCGUGGCACGGCGGGGCUCAUCCGAAAUCCUCAGCUAGCAAAUCUCACAGUGGAAACCGUGACCUUGGGUUCAUAUUUCGAGGGAGCCAACAACUUUACGGAUCUACUGCUACCAUUUGACAGCAUGUCAAGUCUGACUAUUCUUAACGAGCAAACGUUGACGCAACUGGAAUUGCCACCGCAGGCCGUUAACUAUACCAACUUUAGCGUCACACUCUAUGGUUGCACGAAUCUGAACUUGAGCAGCCAAUUCGCAACUAACCCAGAUGGGACUACUCGCCAGACAUGGUAUUGGCCACAGAAGGAUAUCAAAAGUCUCUCGCUUAUUGGCAACAUUUCUACCCCUUUCUUGUAA